UGCGAACACAACAAACUCCCUCUUCAAUUGAAUCGCCUUCUUACUAUCGAUAUCGAGCCUUGCACUCUUACCAAAUUCUGGGUUUUGUUGUCUCGAGCUAAAACCGAGCAGUCGGUUCCCCCUGCACAGUGACCGCUCUUCUUCCCCUCCCAGACGCUGUUUUGGUUCCGCCGGCAAUACAAACAAUCAAGCAUGGCCUUCUUCUUCAACCGCGGUCGAUCCCGUCAGCCUUCUGAUCUUGUUCGGACAAUUAAAGACUCCCUGGCGCGGGUUCGGGAGGACCCCUCGACUGCCAAGGAUGCGGAAAAGCCACUCUCUCAGAUGAAACUGAUCGUCCAAGGUACUCAAGAUGUCGAGGUAUCCCCUGAACAGGUUCAAAAUUUAGUUCAUGCAGCUCUGCAGGAGGAUCUGCUUUAUGACCUAGCUCGAUGUCUUCAUCUCCUUCCCUUUGAAGCUCGAAAGGACACCCAGGCCAUCUUUUCGCAUAUGCUUCGUUUCAGGCCUGCCAGUUCGAGCUCAAAUCAAAACGACCCUCCGGUCAUCUCUUAUAUAGUCCAUAACCGACCCGAGGUUAUCAUUGAGCUGUGCAAGGGUUAUGAGCACAGCGAAAGUGCUAUGCCAUGCGGCAUUAUCCUGCGAGAAGCCUUGAAGUUUGACGUCAUCGCGGCUAUCAUCUUGUAUGAUCAAUCAGGCGAAGGAGAGCCAGCUAUCAAACUCACAGAAGUUCAGCCCGGCGUCCCCCAAGAUGGGACUGGGAUCUUUUGGCGUUUUUUCUACUGGAUAGACCGCGGCAGUUUCGAGCUGAGUGCCGAUUCCUUCACAACCUUCCGGGACAUAUUGACCCGCCACAAAACUCUAGUAACCGGCUACUUGUCGACUAACUUUGAUCGGUUCUUUGCGAAAUUCAACGAGGUACUUGUGAACUCCAGCUCAUAUGUGACCAAGCGGCAGAGCAUCAAGCUUCUAGGCGAGAUCUUGCUCGAUCGGGCCAAUUACAAUGUCAUGAUGUCCUAUGUGGAGAGCGGUGACAAUCUGAAGCUCUGCAUGAAGCUACUGCGAGACGAUCGCAAGAUGGUCCAGUACGAAGGAUUCCACGUGUUCAAAGUAUUUGUUGCGAACCCAAACAAAUCUGUAGCCGUACAGCGAAUUCUUAUUAACAACCGUGACCGCCUUUUGAGAUUCUUACCUCGCUUCCUGGAGGAUCGGACUGAAGAUGAUCAAUUCACAGAUGAGAAGAGCUUCUUGGUUCGUCAGAUUGAACUUCUCCCCAAUGAGCCGAUUGAACCAACACGCUCUACCCGUGAGCCGUCCAGGUCCGGCAUCAACACAGCUGCCGUGGCUUGAACAGUUAGAUUGUGGGCCUGUCAUCUACCACUUUAUCUUUUGCUGUGGACAAUCUUUGGCCCCUGCCGGGUCUUUUUGUUUUUGUUUUUGUUUUUGUUUUUUUUUUCUUCCCCCCCGCCCCCGCAUCUACGCUCCCUUCUUUGGUGAACUCUUUGAGCUUGGUGCGAAGGGCUGCAUACAUUGAAUGUAUGCUAUGGUUGUGUCGUGUUUGCAUGGAAGGUCAGCAGGCAUCUGACCUUGGCGGAGUUACAACGGUUGGGUCAUUUAUGGAAGACUAUGUGGAAAUGACGAGCAAGGCGGAUGACAGAAGGAGGCAAUGGACAGAGCGGGCGAUGGGCGAUGAGAUUAAUGUAUAAAGGCUGCAGUGAAUCCUUGCAUUGAGGCAGGAUGCGACCUGCCGCAAGAAG